CAGCGUUACAAUCAAAAUGGCGAAGCUUUACCCCGCCAUCGUCACUGGUGCGCUGCACACAUUUCAGCAGAACGAGGAACAUCGAUGUAUCACUGUUGUUCUAUCUCACGGGACGCGCUGUCCAUUAGCUCUGUCACAGUCUCAUCAAGCUCGGAUUCCUCGAGAUGGAGGAGUUGCCGCCUUGCAAAUGGUGUGGUCAUCCACCGACCUCCAGCGUUGGCCUCAGCGUGUUCAGGAGCUCACUCAUUGCCAUGGAGGCCAACGCAAGCACAUGCCUGACUUGUUCUAUAUUCUCCACAGGUAUAAGAACAUACCUCUCCAAUACAUCCAUGCCUGUACCCAGCGACAUUGAUCAUUUGGCUGUCAUUUUGGGUAAGCUGGCUGUGGGCAAAGGAAUGACUGUGGAAAUACCGCUGGGCCCGUCCCUCCUCAGACUGUCAUUUUUCUGCUCAAAAAGAACGUCUUGGGUGAUCCGAAACUUGCCCUUCCUGGACAUUGGAAAACAGAUCCCAAAGACCACUUCUUCAGACGAAAGUCUCUCAUGGGCGAUUCAGCAAAUCAACCACUGCAGGGACAGUCAUCAGCACUGUAACUCAUACUUAAGCGCCGCCGUUCUACCUAAGCGGGUUGUCUUCGUCGGUACAACGGCAGAACCUGCCCUCCGAUUGUACGAAUCCCAGGGCGAAAGAGAUUUCUACAUCUGCUUAAGCUACUGCUGGGGUCGCCGUCCUUUUCUCCGUACUCUAUUCGAUAAUCUCGAGACCCACAAAAGAUGUAUCAACCCUGACGAUCUCCCCCCGACUAUGCACGAUGCUAUCGAAUACACCCGCCAACUCGGAGUCCACUAUAUCUGGAUCGAUAGCUUGUGCAUCAUCCAGGAUUCCGUUCUCGAUUGGCGAGAGGAGGCGGGAAAGAUGGCAUCCAUCUAUCAAAGGUCGUAUCUUGUCCUAUCCGCCACUUCUUCUGCCGACGCCUAUGGAGGCAUGCAUGUCUCUCUCCCUUCCGACUACCAAACAUUCGCCUUGACAGUUAACACCAAAACAAACGAAAUUCGUGACUCCAAUAUAGCCGAUCAGGCAAACUUUUCGAUGACAACGAAUACUACAGAGACAUUUUACGUCCGCCGUACAUAUGAUCAUGUUAACCGAGGGACUUCAAGCUACGCCGGUCGAAUUCCAAUGCUUCCGACCAAUAAGCGUGGCUGGAUUUUCCAAGAACGCUUUCUUUCUUCUCGUGUCCUGCACUUUGGACCCCAGGAGCUCUACUUUGAGUGCCUAGAGGAUUCGGCCUGUCAAUGUACCGACCAUAGCAACUCAUCCCUGGACCAGGAGAGUGUCUUAGGGUCUAAGGGGGGCGGGCUGAAUGAGACAACCCCACGGCAAUCGCCUACAGAUAAUUUUCAACAACAUAGUUCCAUGCGUAAAACGAUAGCGAAAGCAUACUAUGGUCCGGUGGUGUGGAGGAUAAUGACCCGCGAUGAACUCAUGUAUGCGUGGCAUAAUAUGGUUCAUGACUUCACGAGACGGGAUUUGACGUAUGCGAAAGAUCUGUUUCCUGCCAUAUCUGGAUUGGCGAGGGAGAUGAGCAUUGCACGUGCAGCACUACAUGGCAAUGCGGACAAGGCACGAGGGACGGGAUACUAUGCUGGUUUGUGGAAAGACAGCCUGGUGCGCGACUUGUGUUGGAAAGUUGGAUUUGAGAAUAUCGCUACUGAUGAUGAAGAUGAGGUGAAGAGAAUCAAGGCAUGGACAGACAGGGCGCUUGGAUGGCGGGCGCCAACGUGGUCUUGGGGCUCCGUCAACGCACCUGUCAAGUUCCUGGGGCAGGAACAUGGUACGAAGGACUUCUUUACACCCUUGUGUGAAGUAUUAGAUGUUUCCUGUACUGCUGCGGCCGGAUCGGAUGAGCUGGGUGAACUGAUCGCAGGGAGGCUAGUACUGCGCGGGCAGCUUUUGCCGGCCAGAGUGACACAUCCGCGAUUAAAAACCUGUCGGCAAGACGGACUACGACUCCCAUGGCAGAUCCUUAGCUUGGAGUUCGGGGUGCUGGUUGAGAAUUUUGUGCAGCACCUGUUUGUUGACGACGGAUGUCAGGAUCUCUUGGGGCUUUUGGAUGAGAUGGACGCUGGUGGUGAUCCACCUGUUGUUUACUGCUUUUUGCUUGGGGUAGUAAGGAAAGGGGGAAGUCCAGUAUUUCUCUUGCUAAAGAAGGUCAAAGGGCAAUCGGAGGAAGAAGUGGCCCAAGACGUCUAUCACCGGUUUGGGAGGCUUCAGUUGACAGGACCUCCCCGCCGGGCAAAGAAUGAUCGUACACCAUGGAAGGAACGAUUUGGGGUACUUGCGCAAGCCAAGGAAGAAGUGGUUACGAUCAUCUAGUUAGGGGGCUGCCAGAUCCCAGGUGAACUUGGGCAGAGCACAGAGUCGGCAGGCUGAGGGCAACAAAGGAACAUGACAGCAACAACAAUUACAUGGACGCACAUGUGACCUAUUGGAUCUCUGAAUAGACAUUACAAGACAUGGCGGAAAAGAGUUUCGUAGUAAAUGGCAAAGGACAGUCAACAUACUAGAGGUAGAAAGCAAGUGUCCAAUCAAUCACAGGAAUCAACGGCGAUAACAAAUGGUGAUCUAAAACAUCAACGAUGAU